GCGGCAUGAUGUCAUUCAUCCUCACGCACUCACACACGUAACCCGUGUCGCGACCGUGUUUACCAAGUGACCGAGUGUCUGUGAUUUAUUUAUUCUAAUUAGUUAGUUAGAAUGGCCAAUAACCGCGCAGCCAAGUCUGGCUUUGCCGCCGAAGCCCAGCGCAAGAUCAACAGCAAAUACAGCGAGGACCUCGCGCAGGAAUGCCUGGAAUGGAUCCGACAGAUCACCGGCGAGCCGGAGAACGUGUCCGGGGACAUGGACAACUUCUACGAAAUACUCAAGGACGGGACCCUGCUUUGCAAGCUAGUCAACACCAUCCAGCCGGGUCAAGUUAAAAAGAUCAACGAGUCAAAGAUGGCGUUCAAAUGCAUGGAGAACAUUAACGCCUUCCUGGAGGCCGCGAGACAGCUCGGAGUACCUGCUCAGGAGACCUUCCAGACGGUCGAUCUGUGGGAGCGACAGAACCUCAACUCCGUUGUGAUUUGCUUGCAGUCACUUGGCAGAAAGGCCCACAACUACGGCAAGCCGUCCAUCGGGCCCAAAGAGUCCGAGAAGAACGUGAGAAACUUCUCAGAGGAGCAACUGAGGGCCGGCCAGGGGGUCAUAUCGCUACAGUACGGCUCGAACAAGGGCGCCACGCAGAGCGGUAUCAACUUCGGCAACACGAGGCAUAUGUAGGCAGUUAAUGUGUUGUUUAUAUGGUAAAACGAAUAACUUAUAGCUACAGAUACAUUGAGUAAAGGCCCCUGUACACAAUGGGCCAGCGCUGGCCAGUCCAAGGGACGCAGCCAUGCGGUAGAAUGAGAUAAAAACGCAUAAAUGCAUAAAAAAAACAGUGCGUCCCACAGACUGGCCCACGCUGGCCCAUUGUGUACAGGGGCCUUAAAAUGCGUAAUAUCUAGGACAAUUUCGUGCUUGGAAUUUGACAGGUACUUGAGCGAGAUGGCGCUGUGGCCAUGGAUUUUGCGGUAACUCUUGAUUGUCAAAAGUUGACGUUUGACAAUUCAGUGGCCUCGAAACAUAAUGGCGCAAUACAGCGCCAUCUGUUUUGGGUGUCAAACUAAUGGGCACGUUAUUUUCUUAGACUUUACCUCUGUUACAAUCAAUUAUCUUUGCUUAUAGGGUUAAUUUUCGUAAAUAGUCAGGAACAUCUAGGCUACCCUUUUUCAUCUUAGUGUUUUUUUGGCUGCAUCCUUUAAGGAGGAGUCUAGGAGUCGGCAAAAUUUUGAGAAGAGCCAACCGCAAUUGAUAUCACCAGUUUUAGGAAUCCAAAAACCGGAAAAUGUUGUUUUCAGUGGUCUAAGGGCUUUAAGCUCUAAGCAAUUGCUUGGGUAACUUAAAGAGACGCAAAAGUACCACGAAAGGGCCUUGGUAUGCCAACCCCUACGCUAGACGACCUAUUCCAAAAUUUUGCACAGUUUUUAAGAGAGCGACUGCUAUAAAUUUUUCUCAGCCUAGUAGGAAAAUUUUAAAUCAGCCUACAACACUGUUUUUACGUAACAAACGUUUUACCAUAUAAACUCUAAGCUAUUUAUAUCUAAACGAUGAUUAGCAUUAAGACUCGGCUGGCGCGUUAUUUUCCAUGGAACUCUAUACGUUACUACAUUGCAAAAUGCAUCAUCAGGUGCCUACGAUACAUUUACAUAAAUGGCACUUGUGUGUGAGUAAUGACAAGAUAAACAGUAGGAAAUUGUGUUCUAAUUUUAAAUGUAUUUACUAAGAACUUCUAGAAAACACGGCACCGCGUUUCCACGCAAUCAAGCGGGGCCUAUGUGAUUUUUUUUUUCUAACUUAUACCUGCUUUACAAACUCGUAUGGACAAUGAUGGAAAAAUGCGAGCAUUCGUAACCUUAAAGCUAAUCAUCCUUUCAUACACCAUACAUACAAUUUAAAAUGUAACAAGACACAAAUUAAUUGCACUAGAGAUUUCAUUAAUAGACUAGUUAGAUUAGUAAACAAAAUGUUGUCAUAGAAGACUUGACAGUGGACCAUUUUCGUCGUUCCUCAAAAAUCUCGAGUUUAGAAUCUCUGUGUGUUUUAAAAGUGUAUUUCGGUUUCAAAUUGACAUAUUUUUUAAGCGUUUUAUCUAUAUUUGUCAUUCCCAAGUCAUUCCAUUUUGUGGAUUAUUUUUAUACCAUAGGCGUAUUUGUUGAGAUCUUUUGUUAAAUCUGACUUUGACUUAGUAUUAUACGAAUUUAAGACAUUUUAAAAUUGGCUUAGCUUUUUACAUAAUAAUUAAAUAAUUUAGCAUUGUGCCAAUGUUAUUACAUAUUCUUCCAUUUUAAAGUUUCCUUGCUUACCAUGCAAUAACUUCAAAAGUAUAAUAAAUCGAACUUUGCAUUUAUUGAAUGUGCCUUCGAGCUCCGAAGGAGCCAAAAACUAUUGAAAAGAUGUCUAUAAAAAUUAUAAAAUUUGACUUAUACGUAUACCAGGGUUUCCUUGUUUAUUUAUUAAUUAUAUCAAGUGAUCAUUCCACAAUUUAGACAUAUUAAUAAGUACCUACAUUAGUACAUACUGUGAUUAAUAUUUUUUUAUGGACAUUCUUCUAUAUAUUUUCGUAUUGCAUACUGGAAGACGUUAGACUAAGUUUCAUCUUAACAAAAGUAGGUACAUAUACUACAUAGCUGUAUGCAGUACGUGGAAUAAAUAAGUACUUAAAGUA